AUGAGACGGAGACCUUUAGAGUUUUUUGUUGGUGAUCAUGUAUUCUUACGGGUAUCCACUACAAAAGGAGUAAAAAGGUUUGGGUUGAAGGGUAAGUUAGCACCUCGCUAUAUUGGACCCUUCCAGAUUCUCGAGAGGAUAGGUGAGGUAGCAUAUCGACUGGCGCUACCACCAUCACUUACCAAGGUGCAUGAUGUUUUCCAUGUGUCUAUGUUGAGGAAAUACGUACCACACCCUUCGCAUAUUCUUAUAGGUGUUUCAGUUGUACUUCAGCCAGAUAUAUCUUAUGAGGAGAUUCCAGUUCAGAUUUUGGACCGCAAAGAGCGCCAGUUGUGGAACAAGAUAAUUCGACUGGUCAAGGUCGGAUGGAGGCACCAUUCAGAUAAAGAAGCCAUUUGGGAGUUGGAAGAUAAGAUGCGGGCUAGUUACCCACACUUGUUUACUGAAGGUGAGUAA